AAGCUCCUGCAGACUGCAGGCUGCAGUCGGCUCAGUGAUCACUCCCCGGCAGCUCCAUCAAUGGAACCCCGCUGAAAACCAACAUGCAGAUAUAUACACAAAGCGGCUCGGUUCGAUGAUUACAGCAAUUUAGUCAAACAAUUGGAGUCUCCCCGAAGCUGUGAAACGACGCGAGAGAGAGAGAGAGAGGGAGGAUAACACUGAAGGAAAUAAACAAGAGCCCGGGUGGAGUUGGACCGUUAACCUCGCUGGAGCCGCCGCCAUGCCGGAGGUGCGGGAGCUGUCCGACGCUCUGCCUGAGAUGCCCAUGGACCCCAUCACCGGGGUCGGGGUCGUAGCCUCCAGGAACCGGGCGCCCACUGGCUAUGACGUGGUCUCCACCACAAGCGACGGCCUGGACGCCGACCUGUGGAAAGACGGCCUCUUCAAGUCCAAGGUGACCCGCUACCUGUGCUUCACGAGGGCCUUCUCCAAGGAGAACAGCCACCUGGGCAACGUCCUGGUGGACAUGAAGCUGAUCGACAUCAAGGACACGCUGCCCGUGGGCUUCAUCCCCAUCCAGGAGACGGUGGACACGCAGGAGCAGGCCUUCAGGAAGAGGCGACUCUGCAUCAAGUUCAUUCCCCGGGACUCCACGGAGGCGGCCAUCUGUGACAUCCGCAUCCUGGGCCGCUCCCGGCAGGCCCCCCCGCAGUACACCUUCAUCGGGGAGCUCAACAACAUGGGGAUCUGGUACCGCAUGGGCAACGUGCACCGGGCCCAGGACUCCACCCACACGCCCACCUCCACCAACAACCUGCACAACCUGAGCUCCCCCUGCAGCUCCGCCCCCGGGCCAGCGGCACCCAUGCCCAAACACAUCUCCAUGACGCUCCCCGCCAGCUUCAGAGGGAAGACCACCACCCGACCCGACUACGAGCACCAGAACUCCAACCUGUACGCCAUCUCAGCAAUGGACGGAGUGCCUUUCACCAUCUCUGAGAAGUUCGCCUGCGCCUCGUCCGAUCUGCAGCAGGUGGACCUGAUGGGCAUCACCAUCAAGUCCGUGGCUGAGAUCGAGAAGGAGUAUGACUAUAGUUUCCGUACGGAGCACAGUGCAGCCGCCCGCCUCCCCCCCAGUCCCACCAGGACCCUCCUGAGCUCUGAGGCCUGAGCAGACCUGGACCCCCCCUCAACAACCAACAAAUGGUUUACCCCAGACUUUUGGAAGAUGACAUUGUCUCCAAGUUUUAGAAGUGAAACAGGAAACGCUGAUAGAGACGGACCUCCACAGGGUCACGACCUGGCCCCUCAGAGGAGAUGGAGAACAUCUCACCUUUCUGAAAGGAGGCUCACUUAAAAAACACAGUUUCUCUCCUGAAGGACUCGUUCCACCGGAUGAACCUUCAUGCGUCGGGAAAACAAAAGAAAUCUAAAUCUAUAUCACGUGAGCGGAUUGUCGUCGUCCCCCUCGCGCCGCUCACCUGGAGCACAAUGCUGCUCAUUGUUCUCCUGAUGUCACUGUACAGGUGUGACUCCCCUCCACCGCCGCUACACAACCACUCUGACUGUUGCUAGGUUACGCCUCACGCACCACUAUCAUCAUCUGUGUCAACCAUCGCUAAUGUUUCCUCUGCCUUUGUUAUAUUUCUAGGGCUGCUGGGUAAUAUUUGAGUUUCGGUGCCAACACCAAAGUUUUCGCAACACCUUUUCAUUUGAAUUGCUCCCGAGGAAAAGCUCGUAGAAAACUACAACUCCCACUGAAGUCCUCUUCAGCUCCAUGGGAGAAUGUCUUAGUGAUGUUCAGAGCCUUCAAUACAGCAGCAAACGACUCGUUAGCUCUGUUAGCACCGUUAGCGCUAAUCACAGCUAUAGCCGUUGCCAUGUUGAGAGCCUCGUGAGUCAACCGAUGCUGUGGGUUUUUUAUUGUGCCUGCGGCGCAUAUUUAACGUCUGUAAUUCAGAUUUGUUUUUCUCGCUAACAGCUUAAAACAAACUUUUCUUUUAGCUGGAAUAUGUUUUAGAAGUUGUAUAACUUGAAUUAGAAGUUCUACUUUGAACUGGUUGGAACUCAGAACCACUAGAGUACAAGUUCUGUGUGACGGAUCCAAAGCUUCAGGAUCAUCACGGCCACGUUUUAAUGUUUCAUGUUUUAAUCACUACAUUUCACUGGAUUUCAUCCAAUAAAUCCAGAGAAUACUGGGCUGUCAUUUACACAAACAAACCAGAGCCUGUCCAGCUCCUCAGCGCCCUCUGGUGGACAAACUAAUGGAGACACUUUAUGACUUCCGACAUGUUUAACACAGGCAGUCAGGUGCAUACCUACACACCUGAAGGCCCCUUCCUCUGGUGUUCCACCUGGACGUGAUUGGGUUUAAUGAACUCCCAAACCUCCAGCUUCUCUUCUUGGAAUGAUUUCAGCUGCGCCUCCAGCCGGAGGUCGAGCUGCUGUUUGCUCUCCGUCUUCUUCGCUCGCUCCUCGUGUUCUUCACUCAUGAAGACGGUUUCCCGUGAGCACCGACGACCUCUGUGACCCCGUCUCUAUUUCUGCUUGUUUUAUUCCUUUUUAUUUGUAAUGUUACAUUUCUGUGCGUCUAAUUUAUUUGUCCUUUCAGUGCCGUGACCGUCCUCCAGGUGUUCAGAGACGUAUAAAGUUAUAAAGUUGCCGUGGAGCUCCGUGUAUUCGAGCUGCACCUUUAACUUCUCAGCUGAAACAUUAAUAACUAAUAUUGUGUCUGCAUUAACGAUUAACAAGUGCUUUGAUCUGUUGCAUGUACCGUGACACGGGACUUCAGUAGGAGGUAUUUUUCUCGCUUCGUGGGUCAAAAGGUCACCGGUUGUGUUUCUGAGUAGUUUUGAUCCACUAAUGAACAAAACCACAUCAGUUGAAUUUGUAUUAUAAGGAAGUUUUAUUAAACUCUGUUGAACUGGA